AUGGCUAGUAAUGGAUGGGUGUCGAGGCCGCUUAGAUCAGGAGCUGACCCCAGGAGCGGGCAGACUUGCAUUGGCAUACAACGUCAUCUUGAGUUGCGAGCGGGCGACUUCGCGUUGCAUCUGACGGUCAGCUUUCCUGGUGGCGUGGACUGCAGGUUGGAAGUUGAAGGUCAAAAAGUUGACGGAGGAAUGCUGGAGGUGGAGUGCAGCGCUCGCAUCAAAAUCCGGGGCAUGUGGGCUUGGCAGGGCACCUGA